CGACCAACAACCAAAUAAACUUCCAAAUACGCUGCCGUUACAUCAACUUCGCCUGCAUUAUUACAACACCUUUUUUUAUUAAAUUUGGCAGACCUAUUGGAAUUCAAAGACUUUUCACAGGAAUCAGUCUCCUCCUACUCCUAUAAAGUAAUAAAUGGCACCCCAAUCUUCUUUCUUCACCACCUUUUUUCUCCUACAUUUCCCAAAUUCAACUUUGGUCUACGCGCUUAAAGUUAAAAUAUCACCAGCAGACACGCAAAGACCCAUUCUUUCAAUUCAUCUACCCAUUAUAUCUCUAUACAGAUUGCUAUUCUCAUCUGGGUAGCCUUUGAUUCACUCUUUAAAUUUGACCCACCAGGUGUUUGAUUAAAUGCCUCUGUGAAGUAAAGGUUUUGAAAAACUUGUUUUUUAGCUAUCUUGUGAAGUGGGUAUUGGUUAAGGCGAUUUGAUCUUGUAAUUCAGGUUCGAUUGUGUUAUAAAAACAUCGAAUUUAUCGAAUCUGAGUUAUUUGAUUAUUUGAUCUUAUUGCUGUGACAUGGCUGAAGUGGUGGGAUAUGAUGGUGGAUCACAGCAUGGUCAAAGUGUGCAAGUUAUUCCAUUCAAGACCUCUAAUGCUUCUCUCAAAGUUCUGUUGCUACAUGGGAAUUUGGAUAUAUGGGUCAAAGAGGCUAAAAACCUGCCAAACAUGGAUCAGUUUCAUAACAAAUUAGGGCAGGUGUUUAGUAGAUUGCCUACUUUUAGUGGUGGGAAGAACAAGACAGAGGAUGGUAAGCCCGAAAAGGUUACAAGCGACCCGUAUGUGACGGUUUCGAUCGCUAACGCUGUGAUCGCAAGAACCUUUGUUAUAAGUAACAGUGAAAACCCUGUUUGGAUGCAGCAUUUUCAUGUUCCUGUAGCACAUUAUUCUGCUGAGGUGCAGUUUGUUGUUAAAGACAGUGAUGUUGUCGGUUCUCAAAUCAUGGGGGCGGUUGGUGUGCCGGUCGAGCAGUUGGUUUCCGGGUCGCUUAUUGAAGGGACCUUCCCGGUUUUAAACGAAAGCGGCAAACCGUGUAAACGUGGUGCUGUGUUGACCCUAUCGAUUCAGUACAUUCCCAUGAUGAAAGUGCCGCUUGAUCUUAACUUUAACGGUGUUGGGGGUACCUAUUUUCCGCUUAGGAGAGGUGGUAAGGUUACGCUUUAUCAAGAUGCUCAUGUUGACGAUGGGUACCUUCCGAAUAUGCAUCUUGAUGGUGGUUUGAAGUAUCAGAAUGGCGAUUGUUGGCAUGAUAUUUGUGAAGCGAUAAAGCAGGCGAGACGUUUGAUCUACAUUACGGGUUGGUCUGUUUUUCAUAGCGUUCAGCUUGUUCGGAAUGGUGACGGUGCGAAAGAUAGUUGUUUAGGGGAUCUUUUGAAGGCUAAAUCUUCUGAAGGUGUGAGAGUGCUUCUUCUUAUAUGGGAUGAUCCUACUUCGAGAAGCAUUUUGGGAAUAAAGACGCAAGGAGUCAUGCAAACCAACGAUGAAGAGACACGUCGGUUUUUCAAGCAUUCGUCUGUGAAAGUACUACUUUGCCCUCGUUCCGCUGGAAAGGGGCAUAGUUGGGCCAAGAAACAGGAGGUUGAAACAAUAUACACCCAUCAUCAGAAAACGGUUAUAGUGGAUGCCGAUGCUGGUAAUUACAGAAGACGGAUAAUGGCAUUUGUCGGAGGUCUUGAUUUAUGUGUGGGCCGUUACGAUACUCCGUCACAUCCCAUUUUCAGCACAUUACAAACUUUGCAUAAAGACGAUUAUCACCAACCUAAUUACACAGGACCCACUACAGGUUGUCCUAGAGAACCGUGGCAUGAUUUGCAUAGUCGAAUCGAAGGUCCGGCUGCAUACGACGUGCUUAAAAACUUUGAGGAAAGAUGGUUGAGGGCUUCAAAGCCACAAGGGAUUCGUAAAAUGAAGAAAUCUGAAGAUGAUUCAUUGCUUAAAUUAGAAAGGAUUCCUGACAUUUUGGGAAUAGAUGAGGCUCAUUGUACCAAUGAACAAGAUCCUGAGGGUUGGCAUGUUCAGGUGUUCCGUUCGAUUGACUCCAACUCUGUUAAAGGUUUUCCCAAAGACCCCAAGGAGGCAACAAGCAAGAACUUGGUAUGCGGGAAGAAUGUGCUGAUAGACAUGAGUAUACAUACAGCAUACGUGAAGGCGAUUCGUGCGGCUCAGCAUUUUAUAUAUAUCGAAAAUCAAUACUUUCUUGGUUCUUCGUUUAACUGGAGUAAUUACAAAACUUUGGGUGCAAACAAUUUAAUACCAAUGGAAAUCGCUCUAAAGAUUGCGAAUAAAAUCAGAGCCAAAGAGCGGUUUGCUGCGUAUAUUGUGAUUCCUAUGUGGCCAGAGGGUAGUCCUACAAGUACUGCAACUCAAAGGAUUCUGUUUUGGCAGAACAAGACAAUGCAAAUGAUGUAUGAAGUGAUUUAUAAGGCAUUACAAGAGGUCGGGCUUGAAAAUGUUUACGAGCCGCAAGAUUAUUUAAAUUUUUUCUGUCUUGGCACUCGAGAAUCAUCUCAUGGUGCGGAACCGACUUCGGAUCAAAAAGGGUCUAAUGGCGCAAACGCGGCUCAGUUGCUUAGCAAGAAGAAUCGACGUUUUAUGAUAUAUGUACACUCGAAAGGAAUGAUAGUGGAUGACGAGUUUGUGAUAAUGGGAUCGGCAAACAUCAACCAACGCUCAUUAGAAGGCUCUAGAGACACUGAAAUCGCAAUGGGUGCGUAUCAGCCGUAUCAUACAUGGGCUCACAAAUGUUAUAGUCCACACGGGCAGGUAUUCGGGUACAGGAUGUCCCUAUGGGCUGAACAUAUUGGUGGACUUGAAAGCACUUUUGAGGUACCCGAGAGCCUCGAGUGUGUGAGACGGGUCAGGUCAUUGAGUGAAGCAAACUGGAACCAGUAUGCAGCUGUUGAAGUGACCGACAUGAAGGCUCACCUUCUUAAGUAUCCGGUUGAAGUUGAUCGAACCGGUCAGGUGAAGCCUCUUCCUGGCUGUCCAAACUUUCCAGAUUUGGGUGGCACCAUUGUGGGCACUUUUAGUGCCAUUCAAGAAAAUCUUACCAUUUGAUUUUAAACUUGAAAAAAAAAACUUAAAUUUUUAUGUUUAGUUAUAUGUUUUAUCCAUGAGUACUCUAUACAAAACAAAAGAUCAUGUUUGCUAAAUUUGAUGAUUAUGAUUAUCAGUUGUUGUUGUAGACAGUUGUUGGAUUAUGUUUCUUGAUAUGUUUACUGAAUUGAAAGACUGUAUUAUGUGA